UUCGCAUGAGCCAUCAAGGGGUUGAUAUUUCUGUGGAAAUGAAACUGAUAGAAAAUGAUUGUUAAUCUUGGAUACUAUGCUUCUACUUCACUUUUGCAAACAAUUUUUCUUAAAAUACUGUUAUUUUGAAUUUUGGUUUAUAUUUUAUUCUCAUGUUAUUGGCGCGAUAGUCAAUCAACAGCAGGAUAAUAAUGCUUAUCGCCGUCAUAACACCUAGUAAACAGUUGCACAAGGUAACUCCAUGCAGCAGAAAUUGACCUACCGUGAGAGGUAUAAAAAAACAACCAUGAAUGUCUUUGAAGAAAACUAUCCAGACUUAAGUGUCAACCAAGUCAUUAAUUGGAUUGCCUCUGGAGCAAUGAUCUUUGGGGGGGUUGUACCUUACAUUCCUCAGUACAGAGAAAUUAAACGAAAGAAUGAUGCUGAGGGUUUCUCCCUUUACGUAUGUCUAGCAUUGCUCAUAGCAAAUACUUUACGAAUCCUGUUCUGGUUUGGGAAGCAUUAUGAGUUACCGCUUUUACUACAGAGUAUAUUGAUGAAUAUAGCAAUGCUGUUCAUGAUAAGAGUCUGUAUAAAUAUACGCAACAAGAACCAAAUUAUUAAAUCUAGGGAACGUGUGUUCACAGAUUUGGACACUAAGUACUUUUGGAAAUGGACAGACUUCCAGUCAUAUCUAGACUUCAUGUUACUCUUUGCGGCAUUGGGUUCUAUUAUAAUGUAUCUCUUUGUGGAUGUAUUAAUGUUUGUCGAAACUGUGGGACUACUGGCAGUUUUAACUGAAGCGAUGUUGGGUGUGCCACAAUUUGUUCGCAAUGUUCACAAUAAAUCUACUGAGGGAAUGAGCAUAACUAUGGUAGCUAUGUGGACAAUGGGAGACACGUUCAAAACAUGUUACUUUAUCCAGCGAGAAGCACCUGUACAAUUUCAAGUUUGUGGAACUUUACAGGUGCUGAUAGAUCUAGCGAUAUUAGGACAAGUAUACAUUUAUAGAAAUAACACCAGUCUUGCAAGAACCAUAAUACGAGCAGACUAAGAGUAAUUUUAAAAAUAUUAAGUAAAAUUAACCAUCUAAUCAAUGUAAAUAGUAUUUUCUCUUGACAAGUUACGUGCUAGAGUAACACGUAUAUUUUAAUACCAAAUAAUAUCAGUGAAGCACAAAAAGGC